CUUAAAGGUUGACUCAUUUCUUGGUCAACACUAAACCAGUGUUCAGUAAAUGAUAAUUAAAUUGAUUUCCUAAUUAUAAUUGCAUUUCAAUCUCAAUACAAAUGAAUUGUUUGUUUCAAACCAUUGAAACACUUUUGGGUUUGCUUUGGUUGACCGCAAAUAUCGUGACGUUUUUCAGCACUUUUUUGCCCCCAAUUUGUUUGGCAUUGAAUUGAGUGCAGCGACAGAAAGAUGUCUUUGAAGACACCCAAAGGAUUCAAGAGUUUGGACGACAACUUUGUUAUGCCUCAAGACAUCAAGAAAGUCGGUUAUAUGAAAAAGCUUAAGAGGCUGAAGAAGAAGUAUUUCGUAUUACGGGAUAACUUUGACCCAAAUCUGGGAUCCCUUUCGUAUUACGACACGGAGAAGAAGUUCAAGAAUAGUUCGUCCAAUUGGUCUAAUUCACAGCCAAAACGAGUCAUUUAUCUGAAGGACUGUUUCAGUAUUAACCGC